GCUGGACAGGAUACCUCUGCUAGGUAUCAGCGUCGCCAUGAAAAGAGCUCAGGAGCGUCGUGCGUUAACCCGAGACUACGCUUUAGAACAAAAAUCUCGGUCCUGCAUUUGUUGUCACCGACGCAAGGUUCGCUGCGAUCGGAAAACACCAUGUGGAAAUUGUGAAAGGGCCGGCUGGGACUGUGUGUAUCCAAGUACAAUUCACAGGGAAAGUACACGCCAUAACCUCUCACUGCAUCAAAUCAAUGAACGCCUGGAAAGGGUGGAGUCCAUGUUGGCAACUCUGUGUGAUGGAUAUAUAUCAUCCACUAGAGACAAUGCAGGAGAUCAAGAGAGUGAAAAUUUACCAGAUGCACGCACAGCAUCCAAUCGUCGCUUGCAUUCGUGGGAGGUCCUCCUUGAAGAUGGAGGUAGGGUCCAAUACAUUAAUAAUUCGAACAUCCGCGACCUUCUGCAAGAUGAAAAGCAGAUGGAACUACCCCAGGCGACUACGCAAGAGAGCACUACAGAUACGUCUUCCUCCCCAAACGAUCGCUUGAAACUUGACAUUCUUCCUGGACUUUCGUGUGGGUCGACAGAUCCUUCCCAGCUAUUCCCGGAACCGUCACUCGCCCUAAGAUUAUGGGCUACUUACGUCAAGAGUGUCAACCCCGUCCUGAAGAUUCUUCAUAUACCGACAACGCAGUCAGCGAUUAUCGGAACGAUCCUUGACCCCAGAGCUGCCAAACCAUCCUCAAUAGCGCUUGGGUUUGCAAUCUUCUUUGCGGCUGUCACAAGCCUGGAUAAUCGCGAAGCGUCGGAAGUGUUGCCGGAGACACGGAAGACGCACCUGAAACGAUUUGCAACUGGAAUGGAUCAAGCACUCGUGCAAGGAGAUUAUAUGAGUAAUCCCAGCGUAACUGAACUACAGGCCCUUGCCAUAUUUGUAACCUGUUUACGUGUUCACGAUAUUGGCCGUGCCGUAUGGGUGCUCAUUGGAACCACAAUCCGAUUGGCCCAGUCGAUUGGGCUCCAUAGAGAUGGACAACUACUGAAACUAAGGCCAUUUGAGGCCGAGAUGCGACGCCGCUUGUGGUGGCAUCUCUGUCUUCUUGACUCCCGAUCGCCCGAAGACCAUGGGUUUGAAUUCACCAUUGACGUAUUCGCCCAGAUGCCACCGAUCCCACUCAAUGUCAACGACAGUCAGCUCUACCCAGAAAUGGAGUGUCUCCCGGCCGGGUCCGAUUCAUGGACUGAAAUGACGUUUUGCCUUGUCCAAAUUGAAGCAGCCAAGAUCCUACAUCCUGUUUUGCUCACAAAAGGAAGCUCAGCAGUAGCUUCCUUUCAAGACCUCUCCACCAAGCGGAAGAUGAUCGACGAUCAUAUCGCUUAUAUGCAAACAAAGUAUCUCGCGAAUUAUAACCCAUCAAAUCCCCUGUAUAUGGCCACGUUUCACCAUUAUCACAUCGCCUGCGAGAAGAUGAAAUUUAUGCUACAACACCGGGAAGAGCUCUAUCUGCAUCCACGUAGAGAGUCGCAGGAUGACUUGGAGAGCAUGGUCAAACCAUCUUUCAAGAUGGCAUACUGUGUCCUUGAGAGAAGCUAUUCGUUAAUGGCUAGCAAAUGCACGGCACAGUUCAGAUGGCUCUUUCGAGCCUACACUCAAUGGUACGCUCUGGCAUAUGUGCUACGUUGCUUGUCCGUUUAUCCACAGUGUGCCGAAGCAGACCUUGCCUGGGAUAUGGUCGAUAAAAUAUUUAACUCCAUUGAUGAGUUUCACGAUGGCUUUUUGAGGCUUUCAGCCACCAGCGAAAGUGGUAGCAUUUGGGGCUGUCUGGUCUCCCUUCGUGCACAAGCAUUGCGUUCAAGGAUGGCUCAGCGACGAUUGCAUGUCUGCUCAGAUUGUCAAUGCCCGGACGGUCCUGGAACGGGUCUCAAUUUGCCUCCCGUCCACGAUCAGCUUCAGCUGUCACAAGAUAUCCUUGAACGUCCGGCUCAGCUACAUUUCCCGACUGUUAGUCAGGUGCCACAGAGCUUUGGAGUACAAGACCUACAGGCCUCAUAUCUAGGUUUAGAGGAAGGAGCAUGUGCCCCGCAAGAUACUCAGAUGCCGGCGAUGGUAUUUGUAGAAGAUUGGUCCGCUAUUAUCAAUGGUAACCUGGAUAUCGUGGAUGGGCCGUGACCUAUGAAGGAAAAUCAAGACAACUACGAUUUUCAUAAUAUACACUUCACUUACUUGGGGAGAAAGGUUCCCAUCCGGGCCAGCAGCCCCAAUGCAAAAUGUAUGUUCCAUUGAUAGCUGGAGCAGUGCAUCCUCUAGUUGCUUAAGCUGCUCAUUACUCAUUAUAUGUCCCUGGUUCCGGAGUAUCGAUGGUCCAAGUCAUCGAGAUGACAUGAACCCUCAUUUGGACCGCAUGGGGAUAGCGUGUACCUUAAUCGGUUAAAGUAAU